AUGGUGAGAAGUGUUCUCAAGGAUGAAUAUGAGGAAGUUUUGCAAGACCCGGUCUUUGGUCCAAUUCUGGCAAUCCUAGAGAACAAGCUCAUGUACUCAGGGAAGAUUAUUCACAGCUUCAUAUGCAAGCAGCUCAAGGUUUCCAAGCUUCACGAGCUGUGGUUUGUAUUUGCAAGUAGGCCUCUUAGGUUUUCACAGCAAGAAAUUUAUGUUGUGACUGGACUCAAGUUCAAGGAUGAACCUGACAUAGAAUUUGAAGAUUGGGAGGAUGAUAAGGGGUUUUGGAGCAGGGUGUUGAAGCAGAACUGGAAGAUCAGCUUAUUGAGUAUAAGGACUGAGCAUCUUGAAGUAUGUAACAAGUGGACGUAUGUGGACAGGGUGAGGCUAGUGUAUCUCUGUAUUAUCCAAGGAUACCUCAUAGCUAAGGAUGAUAGAGUUUCUAUCCCUCUAGAAUACAUCCGCUUGGUGAUGGAUUUUAGUAAGAUGAGGAUGUUUCCUUGGGGUCUUCAUGCGUAUGAUGAGCUGAUUGAUUCAAUACGUAAAGCAACCAAAGAUCUACAUCUGAAGAACAAUUACGUGCUGGAUGGAUUCUCCAUUGUGUUUCAGAUAUGGGUUAUGGAGGCAAUCCCCGACAUUGGUACUAUGGUGGGUCAAAAGUUCAACAAAAACAUUACCAAAGUGAGAUGUAGGAAUUGGAAAGGAAGUGAGAAAGUGUCUUACGAAGAUAUCAGUAGCCUGGCGUCGCACUUCGAUAAGGGAGAGUUGUUCCCUUUUAUAUAUGCUUCUGGGAACUCGGAUGUGAUUGAUAGUGAUCAGUUCUUCAGGGAAGAUGAGAAGAAUGACGAAAGAGUUGGACGUAUUGUUGCUCUGAUCAAUGCCAAACAAGAUUGGUCAGAAUUUGAAUGGGAAGUUCAGGCUUUGCCUCGAAAUGUGGAGCUGUCUGAUUCAGAAGAGGGAGUUGAUGUCGGAUAUGUCACAGAAACCCAUGUGGAGGAACCAUCACAUGUAGAGGAACUGGUUGUUAUUGCAAGAAGGGGCAAGCGUAAGAUAAAUGAUCCUGGUGCCGAAGCCCGAAAGAAACAAUUGCUUUGUCAAUGGGUGGCUGAACAUAACAGUGGUAUCUCUGGUCAGAUGAAGACUUUCAUUGAAGGAUUAUUCACCUCUUUAAAGGAGGUGGUGCAGAAAGACAUCGAAGAGCAUUUUGACAAGGUCGACAAAGAGAUGGCUCAACUCAAGGAAGUGGUGUCUAAGAUUUCGGGUCCGUCAGAUACAAUGGGAAAAGAAAGAGCCUCUGAGAUUUUGUGUCCUUCAGCAAGAAUGGAGAAAGACCAAUGGCGAGAAACAUCACAGAGUCUGUCUCCUUCAGCAGCCAAGGAAAAAGGCAAAGGCAAGGCAGCUGAGACUGGGGUUCCUCCUACGGUUCGUCGUAGCCCUCGGCCAAGAAAGGAGAUUGAAACAGAUGAUAUGUUGGAUUUUUUGAAAAAUUUGUCACAAUCAUCGAAAAAUAAAGAUAUGGGGACCAGAGAGUAUUUACAAGAAGCCGUGGGGAACCUUUCUCAAGCAUCACAUGUUAGAGGUUUCGAUCCCUCACAAAAAAGCUCGCCGGAAGAAGCAGUAAAAAUUAGUACUCCUUUAUCAUCAUUUAAGCCUGCGGAUUACAAAACACUCAGUCUCAAAGAUACAGACUUACCUGAGGACCGGGUGAACGACAUAGAUCAUUCAUUAGUUUUUGUCCCUGAGGACUCAUGGGUCAAAUUAAGGAAGUGGUGUUCAACUUCCAAACAGCACCUCAAAAUUGGAUCUUCUGUGUACACAAAUGAGUUAGCAGCACGUGUAAUGGGACCUGCAGUGUGGUUGCAGAACGAUGAAAUUGAUGCUAUGUUGUACUUAUUUUGUGAGACGACUUCUUUGGGACGAUGGAAUCAAUCCAAAGUAGCCUUCAUGAGCUGCUUAUUCAGUAAUCAAAUGAAGAAUUCUUACAUAGAUUUCAAGAAAGACAGAAAAGGUUACAAGGUGCAAGGACUGCCCCACCAGUACGGAAUUGGUGAACUUCCUGCACACGGACGAACAGGACUAAUGUGGGAUCUUGAUGUCAGUCGCAUGUAUUUGCCUCUUCUUGUGCACAGUAACCACUGGAUCUCUAUGUGCGUGAACUUUGUUACUCGUUCAAUAGAGGUCUUCGGCUGUGGAAGAAUGAAACACAACAAGGACUUGGAGCCAUUUGCACAUCUCAUCCCUAGAAUUGUCAAAGCUGUGCAAUCUUCGAAGAGUAAACUAAUCGUCAAGCCAUAUGAUGUCACUUACACCCCAAUGCCCUUCCUAAACAAGACUAGCAGUGAUUGUGGAGUAUAUGCGCUGAAGCACAUUGAAUGCCAUCUUCUAGGCAUGGACUUAUCAUUAGUGAAUGACGACAACAUUCGUGAAGCUCACCUCAAGAUUGCUUAUGACCUAUGGGAAGCUGCUAAUGAUCCUGUCAUUAUUUCGAGAAUGUCACAGUUUAUUCCUCCUAAUACCACGACAGAUCCUGUAGUUACAAUUUUAUGA